CCGAAACCAAUCAAUCGUGCAGUGCAUUCACUCGCGCACCACGGAAGGAACGUGUCCUCACCCACACGCAAUCACACACACACACACAUACACACACACACGGGGCAGCCAGGAAGGAGCAAACAAUGACGUCCGCGCCACCCCCACCCUAGGUAGCUAGCUAGCUAGUACUCGACGCCAAACACGGUGAGGAUGCAGUAGAGGCUCUUCUUGACCUGGUCCUUGCUCUUCUCCUUCGGCCACACGUACGUGAACACGCCUACAGCAGACACCACACACCCACAAAAACACAACACAACACAGCUGUGCCCAGGUAGGAUGCACCAUGUCUGUCACCCAUACCGUCGUUGACAGUGUCCCAGAAGCAGCUGGUGACCGUGUGCAGGCCCGCGCCAUUCCGCUGCAUCAAGACGCAACUGACUGCGCGUCGCAUGCACCCGCACAAGACAGCACACACAGCCGCGUGUUGCCUUGACGGCAAGGCGGUCAACGACUCACGGACGUACCGAUGUAUUUGAAGGACUUUUUGAGCUCAUUGAGGCGCUCCGUGGUGGUCUCGCAUAUCUCGUCUAUCCAAUAAGGCACCUGCACGACCACCGCGGCCAUCAGCCAGCCAACCGGAUAGAGAGAGACCCACAGACAGCGACAAAUGGGCGACAAAUUGCCUUCUUCUUCUUCCCCAUCAUACCAUCUCUUCCUGGUAUUCCUUAUUCUUUAACAGACCUGAGGGCCCCCACAUACACAGACAGACAGACACAGACGCAGAGCUCCAAUGAGCCGGUGGGCCUGCAUAUUGUGUGUGUUCGUCUCAAGUACUGUCGAGUACGUCGACGACAAUCUUUUCUAUCUCGUCAUUGCUCCACGCAGACUACACACAACACCAAACACCAAACGACAAACCAAUUCGACGGUGUCGUCGUGCUGCAUUCCAUCCUCCAUGCGUCCUCGCCCACCCACCUCUUCGCCCGAGUGGCUAUCGUCCGCCAUCUUCUCAUCAAACGACAAUCCCCCUGGCUCACACGCGGCUUGCGAUGACGGUGAAUAUCAGCGAAUAUCAACAGCCAAUCAACUUCCCUCGUGGUGUGUGAGUGACCCUCCGAUUC